AUGGGCUUGCUGGGCGACAAGUGGAAAGCCUUCCAGAACUACAAAAAUGGCCGCAAUCCAGAUGGAACCUCCAAGAUCUCAGAGGACGACCUACAGAAGUACACGGGCAUGAAUAAGGCUGAGUUGGACAAGUUCGCGGCAACCACGCCUGGAGUCGCUGGGAACCAGAACGCAGGGUCCCUCACUGCGGGAGGGAAUAGUGGGUUGUAUUCCGGGGCUUACUACACGGUCGAUGGACAUAAGACACCCAAGAAUAGAUGA